AUCGUUUCAACAUCAAUGUGCCGCACAAGUUUCGUAUCCACACAUUCAUGCUGCCAGCAUUUUGUGAUCACUGCGGCUCAUUCUUGUUCGGGAUCAUGCGACAGGGAUUGCAGUGCGAAGUGUGUCGGCUCAACAUACACAAACGCUGUGAGAAAAAUGUCGCAUCUCAUUGCGGAGUGAACACGAGGGAUCUGAUUACGGCCAUUCGGCUGUGUGGCUUGAAUCCGUCCGACUUGGGUGUCUCUCCUCCACCGACCUCUAUCACCAAUGCUGUGGCUUCAGCGCUUUCGGCCGGCGGUGGUGCUUUUCCCUGCACGCCCGGUAUAGCCAAUCUUCCUCCGGUGUCCAACUUUCCAGGUAGCAAUCUAAUCGCAUCUCGUCCUAUCCAAAUGGGUUUACGUACAAGGAGUCCUUAUGGUCCUCUUGGAGAUUCGAUCGUUGGAGAGCUUCGUUUCUCUGGCUCUUCACCCAGCAUGAUCACUCCGCACGAGCGCUCACUGAGUUCGCCCAUUCCUUUGCCCCCGAAUGCAUUGAAUCAAUGUUCUAUGGAACAUCCGGAUGCCGCCUCGUUACGCGCCGCCGGCGCACUUUCCAUUGUAAGUGGUCCCGUUUAUGGACGUCAAGGUGUUGCUGCUGUCCCUCCUCGACCUGCCUCGCUUCAGGAUCCCUUCACAUCCUCUCCCUUGAAUGCCACAAACCUCCGAAUACCAUCUUUACAAGACUUCGUUUUUCUCAAAGUUCUGGGCAAAGGUAGUUUCGGUAAAGUUAUGCUUGCUGAAGAAAAAUCCACCGGCGAAGUCUUCGCUGUCAAAGUGCUCAAAAAAGAGGUGAUUCUUCAGGAUGAGGAUGUGGAUUGCACCUUGACUGAACGUCGUAUCCUGGUGUUGGCAGCCCAACAUCCCUUCCUCACCGCACUCUACUGCGCAUUCCAAACAGAGGACCGCCUUUUCUUCGUUAUGGAAUAUGUGAACGGUGGCGACCUUAUGUUCCAGAUUCAACGUGCCAGACGUUUCGAUGAGGCUCGUGCUCGCUUCUACGCUGCUGAGGUUACCUUAGCCCUCAUGUUUCUUCACAAACAUUCUAUUGUGUAUCGCGAUUUAAAGCUGGACAACAUUCUUCUCGACGCGGAAGGUCACUGCAAACUGGCCGAUUUCGGCAUGUGUAAAGAAGGCAUGACAUCGGGGAAGACCACCUCUACGUUUUGUGGCACCCCCGACUACAUCGCUCCCGAGAUCCUCGCGGAACUGGACUAUGGCUUCAGCGUGGAUUGGUGGGCCCUGGGUGUUCUCAUGUAUGAAAUGAUGGCUGGUGCACCACCUUUUGAGGGUGACACAGAGCAAGACCUCUUCAAUGCCAUCUCCUAUGAAGAAGUGACCUAUCCAUCCAAUCUUCAUCCAGACGCAGUGGACAUCGUCUCCAAGGUGAUCAUUUUACCGUUUUUAGCCAUUUAA